CGCUCGCUCGCGGGAAAGGGGAUCGACGGCCGGUAUCCAAAGUUCGAUGGAUUAUGUUUCCCGUGGGAAGACACUGAUGCGCCGCUCCCGCACCGUGUUCUCGCCAUAUACACGGACCACGUCAAAUUGGUCGAAACAAAAGAGGGUCAAACAGGGUGUUAUGUUGCGCUUAGCCACUGCUGGGGUAACUCGGAGAACCAUCCACUCAAGACAACCAAGGGAAAUUAUGCUGAGCGUCUCGCGGGUAUCCUACUAAAAGACUUACCGAAAACCUUCAGAGACGCUGUCAAGGUCACAAAACAUAUUGGCGUAAAUUACCUCUGGAUUGAUUCUCUUUGUAUAAUCCAAGAUGACAUUGAGGAUUGGAAACAGGAAGCCGCGAAAAUGGGAGCUGUUUACGAGUACGCUCGCCUCACCAUUGCGGCCGCGGACGCCAGAGACAGUACGGAAGGCUGUUUU